AUGUCGGCGAACAAGUCCAUGGUGCUCUAUGUCACGAAGAGUCCAAGUGUAUCGCAAUCGUCUCGCAAUGCACUGAAUGUCCGACGCCUGACACCUGUUACUUCGAAAGUAGGCACCCAACACCUUUUAGCAGACCCUCCCCUCCCAGCAGGCUUGCGAAAUGCCACCUUCUUUCUUGUCGCGACCGAGAAGGAACUCGCCACAGCCCAGAUGACCAUUCGUGAGAUCGAGGACAGGUUCAACCGGCGCUACCACUAUCCAUAUGUUAUCCUCGGCCAAGUGGAGUUCACGGCUGACUUCAAGAAACGCAUAUCGAACCUCACGCCUUCGAAGGUCGAGUUCGGUGUCAUACCGAAGGAACAUUGGUUCCAGCCUACCUUCAUCGACGAAGCGAAAGCGAAGGCUGCGCGUGUUGAGAUGGAGCGCAGACACAUACCGUUUGGUGGUAGUGUGCCAUUCAGGAACUUGAAUCGAUAUCAAACAGGCUUAUUCUUCGAGCACUCGUUGAUGCAGCAGUACAAAUGUCCAGGCGCACGCUUCACAUGCGACGUCAACUUCGACCCAUUCACUUUCAUGGAGGAGAACAACAAGACGUUUGCAUUUUCAUUGACCUUCCCCGAGUACGACGCUGCCACGAUUCCCACUCUCUGGGAGACAGCCCAAGGCACGCCGAUCUUGGAGCUAAACUCAUUAAAUGAAGUCUGGAAGAACUUCGCCAUCGCUAAUAUGGAUUUCUGGCGUAGUGCAGCCUUCACGGCGUUCUUCCAGCACAUGGACCGAUCUGGAGGAUUUCAUUACGACGUACCGCCCCUCUUCCCUAUUGAUCAUGUCGUCCGAGUUAAUUGGCCUUCACUUUCUGUUGUGCUCCAGCGCUGGACGAACGGCCCUGUCCUGACCAUCGCACUCGCCCUGCUCGCUCCACGAGACCAAAUCCACUUCUUCGACGAGAUCGGGUACCACUUCCAGCCUUUCGAACGUUGUCCGCUCAAGGAGGAGAAUUGGGUCAAGGGACGAUGCUCCUGUGACCCAAAGCAUAGUAACGAUUAUAAGUAUUUCUCGUGCAAGAAGAAUUGGGAUGCGUUGCACGAUCAAGAUAGUGACAUAACCACAGAGUAA